AAGCUAGCUAUUUAUUGCACUGAAAAAAGGUCCCUGUUUGACGCCCACCCAGGUUCCUGUGUUCAACUAGUAAUGCCUGAUGUGCUGUGGAAGAUCUGGCCAGUUGGCUAAUGUUUUGGAGAACAUGGGCUAAUAGCUAGCCUAGCUACACUGCUAGUUUGCUAACCACAGUCGGUCAACACAAUAUAAAAACAUCGGAGAAAAUAAAACAUAAAUAUACGAGACAGUUUCAGGCGCUAGUAAAAGUCUAAUAUAUGUAACUAGUUAAGUCGUCAAUAACAUCCAACCGUAGCAGUGGGAAAAGACCCUUUGGUGACUGAGAUCAACAAACACCAGUGUGAAGGAGAGGGAGGAAGGCCUGAUCUUUGAGAUGACUGUCUACCCAAAGAAUUCCGUGCGGAUCUUAUCUGCCCGGGAGCGUGGGACCCGCGGCCUUGGCUCCCAGCGCCUCCUGCAGCAGCUUGUUGAGGAGAAGACCCGAAGGAUGAAAUGGCAGAGUCAGAAAGUGGAGUUGCCGGACAGCCCUCGUUCUACCUUCCUGUUGGCUUUUAGCCCGGACAGGACCUUAAUGGCCUCCACUCAUGUCAACCACAACAUUUAUAUCACAGUGAUUAAGACAGGGAAGUGUGUUCACUCUCUGGUUGGCCAUCGCCGCACUCCUUGGUGUCUGACCUUUCACCCUACCAUCCCUGGUUUGGUGGCUUCGGGAUGUCUGGAUGGAGAGGUUCGCAUCUGGGACCUGCAUGGUGGCAGUGAGAGCUGGUUCACUGAGAGCAAUGUGGCCAUUGCCUCCCUGGCCUUUCACCCUACUGCCCAGCUCCUUCUCAUAGCAACAAACAAUGAGGUUCACUUCUGGGACUGGAGUAGGAGGGAGCCAUUUGCCCUGGUCAAGACUGCCAGCGAGACAGAGAGAGUCAGACUGGUGAGGUUUGACCCACUGGGUCAUUACCUGUUGACCGCUAUAGUGAAUCCCUCUAACCAACAGCAGAGUGAUGAUGACUCUGAGGUCCCCAUGGAUAGCAUGGAGAUGCCUCACUUUCGCCAUCGAUCCUUCCUUCAGUCCCAACCGGUCCGCCGUACCCCCAUUCUCCACAACUUCCUGCACAUCCUGUCAUCGAGGAACUCAGGCUCACAGUCUGAGGAGCAGCAGCAUCCUGCACCCGCUGUCAAUAGUGCUGCUGACUAUCCUAGUCUUCCCUCAGGACGUUAUUCCGCCCUGCGGAAUCGCUCCCGACCCCCCUACCAGGGUUGUGUGCAACACCUUGGUAUGGUUUGCUUCUGCAGUCGGUGCUCUGCCACCCAAGCCCCUUCACCAUCUGGAGAGGACCCCUCUGACCCUGAGAGCCUGGAGACCCAGUCCUAUGCCUCCACCUUCUCCUCUGCUCGCACUGAGCCCCGGCAGCCCUCUGAGCCUCGCUCCUCACACCGUCCCUCUGCCUUCAGCAGUGUGUACGGCGGUGCUAGAGGACACUCUUUACGCACUCCAUCUUCAGGCCACCAGCAGCCAGGCCGGGAGGGUUCUGGGCGACUGGCGGGGGCAGACUGGAUGGGUAGCAUGCUCAACAUGCGGCCUGAGCGUAGUGGGGGUGUUGGGGUAUCUCCACCUAGGACCAGUGCAUCGUCUGUCAGCCUGGUGUCUGUGCUGAGGCAGCAAGAGUGCUCCUAUCAGUCGCCUGUCUACACCUCUGCCACAGAGGGAGGAAGCUUUCCCCCAGCAGUUAUGAGCCCCCACACCAGUGGAAACAGCUCUGUAGAUGGACCCAGCACUAGUAGUGGACACCACUCUCUUGGGGAGGGAGGGAGCAACAGCCCCACCUCUAUCCGUAACGUGCUGCAGUGCAACUUGAAUCGCUACUUCAUGGAGUAUGAUCGCAUGCAGGAAAUGGAGCAGUCAGGUGGUGCUGGUGGAGAGAGCAGCCAAGAGCAACAGACACGGGAGAUGCUCAGUAAUAACAUAGACUCUGAGUGGCCUGUCACCCCUCAUUAUCAUCCCCCCCAUAGCAGUGAUGGUCGGUCUGGUCCCUUCCGCAACCAUAUGAAUCGCUGCAGGGUCUGCCACAACCUGUUCACGUUUAACCAAGGUACACAGCGCUGGGAGCGCACCGGCCAGACCCCAUCACAAGAGGAAGGGAGCACCUCAUUGCAGCCCCCAAGCCCCAACCCUGCCUUUCACAACAUGAGGCAGACUGUGCUACAGGAUCCCCAGUCCUCUGACAGGAGACAGUUAGCACAGCCACAGCCCAGUGCUGAUGAACCUGGAGGGGACACAGCCUUCCCUCACCGGGGAACCUCCAGCCCUCAGAGAGAACAGGCAGUGGGGUCGGGGUAUAAUCAGGAGACAGUCCAGUGGGAGAGGGUUUACAGACAGUCUGCCAGUCCAAGUCCAGCGGUGAAUGUACCACAAGAGGCCUUAAACCAAGAAAUGCCUGACGAAAGCCCUGAUGACGAUUACCUGAGAAGGAGACUUUUGGAGUCAUCUCAUAUGUCGCAGUCUCGGUAUGACAUAUCUGGCUCCCGGGACCAUCCCAUUUAUCCAGAUCCUGCCAGGUUGUCACCUGCUGCAUAUUACGCCCAGCGGAUGAUUCAGUACUUAUCUCGGCGGGACAGCAUUCGCCAACGAUCACUGCGCUACCAGAGCCGACUGCGGCCUCUCUCAUCCACCUCGGAUAGCCCAGGAAGCAACUCUUCCCCCUCCGUUGAGAGCAACGAGGCGGACUUUGAGGAGUUUGAGGAUAACGGUGAUCGCGCCAGACACAGGGCUCCGCGCAACGCUCGUAUGUCUGCCCCCUCGCUUGGCAGAUUUGUUCCCCGGAGGUUCCUACUGCCUGAGUAUCUGCCAUAUGCUGGCAUCUUCCACCAUGAGAGGGGCCAGCCUGGCCUGGCCACCCAUUCUUCUGUCAACAGGGUCCUAGCAGGUGCGGUUAUUGGUGACGGUCAGUCAGCUGUGGCCAGUAACAUCGCCAACACUACCUACCGCCUCCAGUGGUGGGACUUCACCAAGUACGACCUACCUGAAAUCAGCAACUCCUCUGUCAACGUGCUGGUGCAGAACUGCAAGAUCUACAAUGACGCCAGCUGUGACAUCUCUGCAGACGGGCAGCUCCUGGCUGUGUUCAUACCCAGCAGUCAGCGGGGCUUCCCAGACGAGGGCAUCCUGGCCAUCUACUCUCUGGCGCCUCACAACCUGGGAGAGAUGCUCUACUCCAAGAGAUUCGGUCCUAAUGCCAUUUCUGUCAGCCUGUCCCCAAUGGGCCACUACGUGAUGGUGGGCUUGGCCUCUCGUAGGAUCCUGCUCCAUCACAACACAGACCACAUGGUAGCGCAAGUGUUACGCCUGCAGCAGCCCCAUGGUGGAGAGACUUCCAUGAGGAGAAUGUUUGAUGUGGUGUACCCCAUGGCCGCUGAUCAGCGGAGACACGUCAGCAUCAACUCGGCCCGCUGGCUCCCAGAACCUGGCCUGGGUCUUGCCUACGGUACCAACAAGGGAGACCUAGUCAUCUGCAGACCUGUAGAUGCCCAGUCAGACGGAGACGGCCCCGCUGAGCACAGUGAGCCCGUAUUUGCUGUCAACAACAAUCGAGGCGGUGGUACCGGUGGGAGCCGCGACGGAGAGCGGCCAGGGAGCAGCAGGGCCCCCUUGAGGUCUGAAAGGGACAUGGGACUUAUGAACGCCAUCGGUCUCCAGCCCCGUCACCCUACCCCCGUUGCGACAUCACAAGGCACACAGACACCUGUCCCACAGCUUCAGAAUGCCGAAACACAGACACACACAUUCCGGGCCUCGGAAGCAACAAACAUUGGUGGACACAUAAGGGACCUUCAUCCAGGCAGCAGCACAGACACGACACCGUCUCUGUCAGCCGAGGCCUCCACAGAGGCCAGCACCACCUUGGCUAACCCAGGGGAAUCUCAAGACCAGGGCAGUGGGGAGGACGCUGUUUCUCGGCUCCGCGGGCUGAUCGCUGAGGGUGGUAUGACGGCCGUGGUCCAGAGGGAGCAGAGCACCACCACGGGCAGCUUCGGUAACAGCAUCAUCGUUAGCCACUGCAUCCACCGCGGCUCCCAGACUGGGACAGAGGCUCCGGGUGGAGGCAGAGGCACCCAGGGCAGGGGUCAGGGUGGUGGUGAUGGUUGGACGUCCCUCUCUCCGCCCCACCGUGGCACUCUGUCGUUCACAGAGCCCACCUCCCGUAUUCUGACCCACCAGAGCAUGGUGCAGCUGGGUGAGAGCUCAGCCUUCCUGUUAGAGCCCUCUGGGGCCCACAGCAGGACAGUAGCACCUCUCCCCUCCCAGUACAUCACAGUCUCUUCUCAUCUCAGCCCUCAGGGGCCCAUUGGGGUGGAGGAGGGGGCCGAUGGGACCCCUAUGGACACAGACGAUGCGUUUGAGGGUGUGGGACUUGUCGAUGAUCUAGAUCUACACUCGCCCUCUGCUUCUUCCUCCUCUUCUUCAACCCUGUCGCCUGUUGUCUCCCCUCUCGACAACAACAGCUACAGUGCCAGUUACCAUGGAGACCCCUACAGUCGAUAGAUGGUCAUGUGCUUUCCAUAUCCAUCUGAUCUCUACCUAGAAGACUCUCCUUCCUCUAGCAUUAUUACAUUGACUACUGUUUUUCUGGAGGCUUCCAAUCCCAACUUAAAACUUCAUCCUACUCCUACAUUGCAUGUGGUGUUUUCUAUCCAGUAGUAGGCUGGAUGAGACCUAUCUUCAACCUAGGAUUAGGCUUGGUCUCUUCCUUGGAUGUGGUGUUAUUUUGCGUGCCCUGACUUCAGUUUGAGACUUGUGUCAUUGCCCAAUUGAGUGCAAGAAUCCAAAGUUACAGUUUGACCAUUCCAUCGGAGGGAGGUGGACCUGAAUGACUCUUUUACAAUCAGGGUUCAGAUCGGUGGUUUUCAAAUGCCAUCUAGGAUUAAAUUGCAACUUUCUUCAAAACUUUUAAGACUCUUGAUCACUAUUAGCAAGAAGCUGAUAUGCUGAGUAGAAGCACAUUUUAUUAACCAAUCACAUUGGUACAAUUUGAUUGUGAACCUGGAUGAUUCUGUAUCUGUUUUUUUUAUGUCUAUGAAUUAUAUUUUAUUGUGUGAGAGAGAGAGAAGAUGUUCUAUGUCACCCUUUGUAGUUACAAAACGUUUCAUUCUUCCGUUAUAGUCGUCAUGGUUGAUUAGUGGUUCGCAAAGAUGUAGUUGACCCAAGAUAAUUUUAAAUCUCUUGUACUACAUCAGAGAGCAGCAUUACAUUAUAGAGUAGAAUUUAGGGUUGCCAAUAUUCAGGGGAGACCAAUUCCACAAUAUGCUACUCCAAAUAUGGGAGAUAUUCAAUAUUAUUGCUGUGCGCUGUUAAUGACAAAAUAAUUCCAGACUCCUUUCUUUGCUAUUUAUGAUAUCAUAACCUCCUUCUCAUUUAGACCUCUUUUCAGCAUAUUGAUACUGCCUAACUGAUAAAACUGCACGGUUUUGAUUUGUAAAGUUCAAAUAAGAGUAAUGUCUAGUGCGUCGCAACAGCUCGACCAUGUAGUUGAUGACAAAUAUUGCCGAUCCUCGAGUUUGUCAUUCGUUAAGCCAUACCUAGUAGCGUUACAAGACGUUGCUACCAGAGAGUUGCCAGAUAAUGCCGUUACUCUUUCCUCCCCAGUGUAAUGCCUGUAUCUGGUGUACAGUGUGCGGUCGGAUGCGUGUGUGAUAAAGAUGAAUCCGUCCGUACCCAGAAAAGAAAACAAACAGCAUGACUUGUGUAUUUCAAAGGUUGAUUUAAUAAUAACAGGCCACAGUACACAUGUACUACUGGCAUGUAGAUCAUGAGCCCUAGAUCCGCAGCCUCGUAACUUCCAAACUUGCUUUGAAACACCUAAAUGCUGUGCCAAGUCUUUGAAGUGAAGCAUUUUGACAAUAGUGCAUCUCGUCUACGAUUUCAAACUGUCACCCCAUGUCUUGUGAUGGUCGUCUUUUAUACAGUAGGAUUCCUUCUCUAGGUCCACUGUGGUAUGUUGAGCCCAGUCAUCUAAGGCUAACUGGAAUUUGAAAAGGAGAUCCAUCCAGAAGGCUCUCUUUAAAAUGGCCAGUUUGCCUCCCACGAGGCGCCCCGGUGCCUUGAGGGUUGUGUUGUUGUGACAGAGAGGCAGUUGGAGGUGCACAGGGGUGAUGAUGCUGAUAGCAUUCCGAGUCACCACAGGGGCAAAGCUCUCUAGGUUGAAUGGACUUUGUGUGCUUCAAACAGCUUUGUCAGUUUUAGUCCUUUUUAAAACUGGUUUGGCAAUUAGCAACAUAUAAUACAUUUUAUUUAAUGUUUUUCCUAUCAAGGUGGUCGGUUUUGACAGUGAAAGAAACUGUGUUGAAUUAAUGAAUUUGGAAGUGCUUACUGCAGCUCCAUGGUGAAUGGGUUACUUUUUUGAUAUUUGGAUGUGAAAAGUUACGCAUUAUGAGCAGGUGUCUCUCCGCCACUGUUGGUCCAGCCAACUUGCACUGCUUAUAUCUGUCUCUCUCUCUCAAAAGUAUAUUGUGAUUGUAUCUGUUGAGUUUAUUUAUGUUUUAGAAAGAUAAUGGUUAUAGAAGAAGAUAUGCCAACUUAAGUAAUAACGUAAGGUUGAUCAUAAUCUUUUUUCAUAUACAUUUACCAGAGUUGCAUUUGUCAUGUGACCCUGCAGUAGCACUGUCUAUCUCUGUUUAUCAGAUCACUUCUAGGAGAGCAAUGCACCAUUUGUCGGUUCAUGUGCUGAUCUGACUACAAACAACUUCAGGAAGAUUGUCAAAAAGAUAAAUUAAUUUUGUUCAUUGUUUAUCCGAUUGUGAAAUUAUCUUCCCAGUGUUUUCCUAUACUGUAUGACUGACCACUCACUUGUAUUGUGCCGAUCUUCAUUUUAAUUUGUCCUCAAUUAAGGGGUUGCAUUAUGGCUUGUAAUGACUCCUGUACGGUUAUGGGAAAUACUUAAUUACCUCUCAUAGCGUCAGACUCUGAGUGAAAUUAGAUUUGGACAAAUAUAUGCUUGUUAUUCAAGCAUUAAUUUGAUUCAUGUUAGCGUAUGAUCCAUGAGGGACAAUACCAUUUUGAUUUUAUACAAAUAUCUGUUUACAACUUCUAACCAUCGACCCUUGGAAAGAGCAGGAAGACCGGAGUCUCAUUUACAGUUCUUGGAUUGGAUAUCAGAGUGAUCUGGGUAGGAGUAGAAAGGGGUGUAAUGGGAAAGUGUUUGCGACAGACAAACCAAGAGACCCAUCAGGCAUCAGAAUGGUUCAGGCUAACCCAGAUCUGUCAGACUCUGCUCCUGAAAAGACCCCCCUCCCCUUUGGAAACUGGAGCAGACAGCUGACACAGUUUUCUUUUGUUCCCCCCCUUUUUAUUUCUUUUUGAGCACACUCAUCUCGUGUUUUUCAUGUUUUUGGUUUUUGAACGUGUGGAAUUGACCGUUUUCUUUCACCUGAUCUCUAUUGUAUUUGAAGAGGAUAUGAUUGACUGCAUUCUAGUGUCCUGUUGGUCAGGAGGGUUAAUGGAAAGGAUGUGUUCUAAUCAGAAGGCAGGAGCUUACAUUGGCUUCAUGGUCACUGUUGGGUGGGAUGGAGAGAGAAAUGGAAAUGGGGCAGGAGAACUGAACAACUGAUCCCUGUGGGCUCCAGUCCUGCUGGGCUUGAAGUGGGAGAAAAACAGUGAGCGAAACAGCAGCGUUGGAUUUGGUCACCUUGAUGCUCAUACAGCAUUGCGUUCGAUGACCUCGUCUGGUUCAGCUUUCACCUAUCUGUGCUCUUUAUUACUCGGUUCACCAACAUACAAUAAUCAGCGUGUGUAUCAAUUCAAAAUGCUAUCAAGACCAUAGUUAAAUAGUGGAACUACAGUAUAUGCAGUAGAAAUCUCCACAGCCCAGGAUGUUUUGCAACUACCCGUGUUAUUUUCCGUGGAAUGAAGGGCAAUAUGUACUCACAUUACAUACUCAACGUAUUUAGUUAUAACGCUUUACACUGUUCACAGAUCAUCACAAAAUCAGUGUAGUCAAGACGUUACACUGUCAUAUUUUCCUACAGGUGAUAUUCACAUGUUUGUGCAGCAGAAUAAAAAUGUCUGUGACUUUCUGGA